GAUAGUAGCAUUGCUUUACCAGAUUUGUACUUUAACUAAGAACUGAGAAAAGUCACCAUAGGAGUUGUGAGAAGAUGGGAAGAAUUUCAAGGACCACGAGUUACGCAAUUGCCUCUUCAAUGCAAGAUAACCAACACCAACCACCUUUCAUUACAUGCACCACUUUUAACAUUCUUGCACCAAUAUACAAGCGUCUCAACCAUGAGGAUCAGAAUUGCCGUGAAAGUGACUUCAAAGCAUGUUGGUUGGCCAGGAAUCAAAGGAUAUUGGAUUGGUUGUUGUAUGAGAGAUCUUCCAUUAUCUGUCUUCAGGAAUUUUGGAUUGGAAACAAAGAGCUUGUUGAUUUGUAUGACAAGAGACUUGGUGAUACUGGUUAUAUUAAUUUCAAGCUUGCAAGGACCAACAAUCGUGGUGAUGGUCUUCUGAUAGCAGUGCAAAAGGAAUAUUUCACAGUUGUUAACUAUAAAGAGUUGCACUUUAAUGAUUGUAGUGAUCGAGUAGCUCAACUGUUACACGUUGAGUUAGCUUUUCCCUUUUCACAGUGUCAAAACAGUGAUGUUAGGCACGAAAUUCUGAUUGUCAACACUCACCUACUGUUUCCUCAUGAUCCCAGUCUUUGCCUUGUACGACUGCAUCAAGUCUACAAGUUACUUCAAUAUAUCCAAUCUUAUCAGAAUGAGCACCAACUUAAGCCUCUGCCAAUCAUAUUAUGCGGUGACUGGAAUGGAAGCAAACGGGGACAUGUUUACAAGUUCCUGAGAUCUCAGGGGUUUGUAUCAUCAUAUGAUGUUGCACAUCAUUACACUGAUGCUGAUGCUCACAAGUGGGUUAGCCACCACAAUCAUCUUGGAAACAUAUGUGCUGUUGAUUUUAUAUGGCUUCUUAACCCUGACAAAUAUCAAAAACUACUUCAAACAAGUUGGAGUGAAGCACUAUUUAGCAUGUUUAAGUAUCUAUUGCGAAGAGAUUCACUGACAGAGAGAGAUGCAUUUGCUUUUCUAAAGGUUGACAAUGAAGAUUGUAUUACCUAUUCUAGUUUCUGUGCAGCACUUAUACAGCUUAAUUUAAUUGGUCAUUGUCAUGGGUUAAGUGUUGAAGAGACAAAGGACUUGUGGGUUCAAGCAGAUAUAAAUGGAAAUGGUGUUAUUGAUUAUAAAGGAUUUCUGCAGCAAAUCUGGAAUCCAACAGGAUCAGAUCAAAGAGAUGACAAAAAUGGGCAACAUGAUGAUGAAACAGAUGGUAGUGAAACAAUUGGUUUUAAUGUAAAAAAUGCAGUUCUUUUCCCUCCAGAGGUGGAAAAAGGUAGAUGGCCUGAAGACUACUCUCUCUCUGAUCAUGCAACACUCACUGUAGUGUUCUCACCCAUAAGAAUGCUAUGCCACACCACAAAAUAAUUUCCAGACAAUAAUACUUGGGAGCAUUCUAGCUUAGAACUUGGUACCAAACCUUCAUUACAUAAAUAACACAAAGCAAUGAGUGGAAUGAUGAAACUGACAAGGGAACAUAAUGGAAAUUACUGCUCCAUCAUUGAGCAGAAGUGAUUUCAUAUGAUAGAACAAGCAAAGUAAAAGGGCAAUGUGAAGCUGUACCACUUAACAUUCUCAUACACACCAUAGACUAAUGAUUUGAAGUAGCAAGGUCCAUCUCAUCACUCAGUUUGUUAUUCCCCAGUUAACUGAAAUAAAGAAAAGAUUCAAUCAAUUGGCAGCAAGAAGAAUCACAGUAAUCUGUAUCGGGGUUACUUGGUGAGGUGGUGCAACAUGUAGAGCUUCUUGAGAUAGUGAAGACGUUAGAAAAAAUGUGAACAGAUUCUCUAUGUAACAAAUUAAAAUUGUGCAUACCAUGGACAUGUAAUGUAACCAAAGGAAUUGCAUGCACAUUCUAGGCAAUGGCAGCAAAAAGAUUUUAAUACAAAAUAAAAUGCUUUGCAAAAUAAUAGUAUCAAGAUCUAUGUAUACAGAACCAUUAAACCAA